CAUUCACAUGCCCGCGCGUCUCCGCCGGUCUCACAUCAGCGUGUGUUUGUCAUCCUCUUCAGACCGGAGAAACUCUCCGCGCGCUGUGAACGAAGCUCUGAAUGAUGCGAAUGGGGCUCUGCGGGCUUUAAAAGGUGGCGGUCGAGGGUUCGACUCUCGUCAGCAUGAGCUCGGACUGCGCGGGGUAUCAAAACACGGACAACGUGUUUGUGAGCGGGUUCACGUGCCCGAAGCCGGACAGCGACGUGCGCGCGAUUUUCUGCUGCGGGUUCAAUGAUGUCAAAUACUGCUGUGACGAUCCCAACAGCUUCUUUCCCUAUGAUUAUGGAUACAUGUGGUGGCUCAGCUUGGGAGCUCUUGUGGGGUUAUCUAUAGCGGCUGUGGUGCUUUUGGCCUUCAUCAUCACUCUCUGCGUGCUCUGCUACCUGUUCAUCGCCACUAAACCGCGAGGCUUGGACAACGGGCUGCCACUACGAGCACCAGGGUCUGGAUCUGGUCCUCAGGAGGGUCCGAGUCAGCCCAGCACGUCUACAGGACCGCAUGGUUUCCGCAAGCAUUUCCUAAGAGGAAAACUAGACUGUGACAAUCAGCCUCCGGAUCCGGACCGACUGUUUCAGCGCUGCUUCAUGGCCACAGUGACCACCGUUAACGUGGAGGGCCCGUCAUGAAGACCUGCAGACGGCUGAUAAAUCAACAGCUUUAUACGCGGUGUGACUUGGAUAACAUUUUGGAUGCUGUAGCACAAACUGAAUGAAAUCGAAUUGCCUCAAUGGCAUGGUUUACACCUGGUUUCUUUAUGCAUUGUUUCUGAUCGGAUUCUGAUUUGUGAAAACGUUCUGUUUUACACUUAAAGUUGUAGUCGGAAAUAUUAACCCCCCUUUAGUUUUUUUUUUAUAUUUCCUAAAUGAUGUU